AUGUUUUAUCAGCACCGCGCUCAAGAGUUAGCCACAUCCAAUGUCAUCCAAGUUCUCAAGCAACACCUUAUUCCAGUGUCCCCGUCGUAUGACGCACGGAUAUUUAUUCGUAGUGCAUCUUCAAUGUAUCGACUGUUCCCUACAAUUGCGUGUCAGAGCCAACCUUCAGGGAGGCGUCCCACUGACCAUGGUGUCCACACUCUAGAAUCUAAGGCCCUGUUCUGUUUGCCCGCUAGGGCUUGGAGUUUCUCACUGUAG